AUGUCAUUCACCCACAAGUCGGUCGUCUCAAACUCAGGGGCCGCGUUCUCCUCCCGCUCGGCCUGGCGCAAGGCCCACGGCCUACCGGCCACUCGUCGGCCACCACGGAAGAGCCCAAAGCCAUCGUCGUUGUCAUCGUCACCACUGCCGUCAGCUGGGCAAAACGCCUCGCCACCAAGACAUCCGCCAGGCUCAGUCGCCUCGCCGUACACUGCGGGAGGUUCCCGCUCGCCACUGCGGGCAGUGGGUGCUGCUGCUGCCGCCGCCGCCGCCGCCGACGCCGCUGCAGCAUCCUCUCGGUCACCGGUUAUCAAGCCGUCGCCCAAGGCUGACGCUGUAGCGUUGACGCUUUGCGAUACGCUGCUCCGCCAUGUGCAGCCGAUGUCGCCGCUGCUCCCGCUGAUGCACUCGCUUGGCCCGCACAUUGUGGCCCAACUCGCCGUCUUGCGGACUCGGCUCUCACCACUGGAGAAGGACGUGUGGGACGAGGCGGUCGACGAUCUGGUCGACGUGCUCAACGAUCCCGCCUUUCUCGUGCCGAGUCCGCCACGCACGCGCUUUGAAGCUGCCGCGCUACCGCUUGCAGACGACAUUGUGCUCGAUAUCGACCAGGCUCCGCCAGCUCGCAAGGUCUCGUUCAGCCGCCGCCCACCACCCGCACCGCUUGCUGCUCUCCGGCGCGAAUCGCCGCUUCGCUCUUCGAGCUCCGAGCCGGCCAUGGCCACUUCCCAUGCCCGAGGCAAGAACCAGAUCCUCCAGCUUGAAGGCCGCAUCAUGCUCCAGCUCAACAAGAUCCGUGCCCACGAGCGCGAGCUCCUCGAGCUUCGUACCCUCUUUGAGGACAUCGUCAACACCGAGUCGGGGCUUGCCACCCGGCUCUCUCGAGACAACUCUGCUCUCUCGGACCGCCUCAUGUACCUCACUGCUGCCACGCAGGACAAGGCCGCCGCCGCCGAAGAGCAUGUCAAUGAGCUUCGCACCCUCGAGGCCUCCCGCGCCCGUCUCCUGGCCAAGAUCCAGCACCUCGAACAGCGUAUCGGCGAAAAGUACGCCGCAGAGCUUGCCCGCCGCGCUGCAGAGGACGAGUACGCCCACCGCGCCGCCCUCGACGCCGCCAACUCGUCCGCUGACCACCUGUUCUUCUGGCAGCGCCACGAGCGGUCCGUCAUCGACAACCUCUGAUCUUUGAUCACUCACCGCCGACUGCCGUCAGUCACCUGCCGCUUGCCACUUGCCACUUGCCACCUGUCGCCUGCCACCUGUUGUCGGGUGUGCCGAUGCGUGCAAACGAGUGAAUUCGCUCGAAAACCCCACCCACGACACC